CUUUCCUUGUAUAUAUACGUUUUAUCUUGACCGCAUAUUUUUUAAAGUGCAUGAAAAAGUGUUACUAAGUUAGUGCAAUGAAAAUGUUUACUGAGGUAAAUGCGUUGAAUACGUUACUGAGGUCACAAAAGCAAAAAAGAGCUUGAUAUGGAAACUAUUUUCUAGAUUAUAUAUACACAACUCAAUAUUGAGUGAAAGAAUCAUUCAUUCAUAUACAAUACUUUAAGAGAAAAAAUAGUAAAAAUAGGAAUGGGUUCUUUAGUAGUGCUUAUUUGUCUCUUGAUCAUGAGUAUGUGUAUAUGUGUAGCGCUGUCUCACGCUCAAGAUGAUUUCUCUUUAACCGGUUUCGAUAACCCAAGAACAACUGUGGUGAUUAUCAAUGAUAUUGCAGGUUAUCUUCCAUUGCGAUAUCAUUGUAAAUCAAAAGACGAUGAUCUUGGAGACCGAACUAUGGCACCAAGAGGAUCGUGGUUCUUUGAAUUUAAACCUAGUGUUUUUGGAAAUACAAAAUUCUAUUGCAGUUUCAGCUGGGGCAAUGAGUUGCAUUAUUUCGAUAUCUACAGACAGAAUAGAGACAGACUGUUCGCAGAGUUUGGGUGUAGAAGAUGUGAGUGGAAGAUACGCAAGACCGGGCCUUGUAAACUGAACAAAGACAAUGGAAUGUUUGAUGUUUGUUUACCUUGGAAUUAGCCAUUGUUUAAAAGCAAUUAGCUAGAAUAUCUCUAUUUCCACAUAUGCUUUGCUAACGGCAAAAUUAAUAGAAGUAAUAAUAUACAUAUACAUUGCAUUAGCUUGCACGUAACGUUAUUUCCAUGAUUUAUGACAUUUACAAUAAAAGAAAUUUAGCCCAUCCUCUUUGAUACUAAACACAAACUAUAACAGCAAACAAAGUUAAUGAUAAUUUCUAAAGAGAAAAAGAUGACAACAAAUUUAAGACAAAGCUUGAAUGGGUCGAUGGAGCCUUCACGAUUAAAUUGGACAGCUGAAAUUUAGUCACUUUAAGAUGUGACAUUGAAAACCAGCCCUUACCUAUGAGAGAAACCAAGGUAAUGUCUUAAUGGAGACAACAUCCCAUUUUCAAAAGGAGGUGACAACUCUGGGGAGCUUGCCAUAGAGGGAGAGAAAGGAAAAUCGGUUGGUUACGUGAGAAUAAACGUUCACCAUUGAAAAGAUGGUUUCAUCAUAGCAGCAGAGUGGGGGAUGAGACCUAUCGGAAAAUCAGACCAAUUAUUAAUUUUUUUAAUCUCUUACAGCAUUUCUCUGAAACAGUCAAAUGCAUCUUAGAUUGUCUUUGCUUCUAAAACUGCUGGCAUCUAGAAUUUGUUCCUUGGAAGCUUUCUUUAGCAUUGAAAAAGAAAGGAGUGCAACUGCUCUUGAGACUCUUCUUUAAACUCUUAUUUAAGUUUGAAUGAUCUGAUUUGUCUUUGUAACUUAGGAAACAUCUUUAGUGUGCAAUGGAGACCUCACUUAACAGCUUUGAGCGAUGAGCACACGUUUUUUACAAUGUCAUUUAAGGCUAUAUCUCUCUGUUGAUAUCAUGCCUUGUAAGACUUGUUAUGUGAUCUCGCAUUGACUCUUUUAACUUAUCAACAGAUAUAUACAAAUAUCUUUAGGGUCAACAUGAUGACAUUUCCUUUGUAUAUAUACGUUUUAUCUUGACAGCAUAUUUUUCAAAGUGCAUUAAAAAAUGUUACCAAGUUAGUGCACUGAAAAUGAUUAUUGAGAUAAAUGCGUUGAAUACGUAACUGAGGUCACAAAAACAAAAAGAUCUUGGUAUGGAAACUAUUUAAGAGAUUAUAUAUACACAACUCAAUAUUGAGCGAAAGGGUCGGGUCAUUCUCAUAUACAAUACCGUAAGAGAGAAAAAUAGUAAGAAUAGGAAUGGGUUCUUUAGUAGUGCUUAUCGGUCUCUUUAUCAUGAGUAUGUAUAUGUGUAGCGCUGUCUCACGCUCAAGAUGAUUUCUCUUUAACUGGUUUCGAUAACCCAGAAACAACUGUGGUGAUUAUCAAUGAUCUUGGAGGUUCUCUGCCAUUGUGAUAUCAUUGUAAAUCAAAAAAUGAUGAGCUUGGAGACCGAACUAUGGCACCAAGAGGAUCGUGGUUCUUUGAAUUUAAACCUAGUUUUUUCGGUAAUACUAAAUUCUAUUGCAGUUUCAGCUGGGAAAACGAGUUGCAUUAUUUGGAUAUUUACAAACAGGAUAGAGACAGAUUGUUUGCAGAGUUUGGGUGUAGAAGAUGUGAGUGGAAGAUACACAAGAACGGGGCUUGUAAACUUAACAAAGACAAUGGAAUGUUUGAUGUUUGUCUUCCUUGGAAUUAACCAUUGUUUUUAAGGCAAUUAAGAACAUCUCUCUAUGUUUACCUCUUUGUUCUAAAUAGCAAAUUAAUAGAAAUAAUACAAAUAUGUUUAUGGAAUAGACCAGACCUAUUAUAGAGAUCAUAUCCAUGAGUUUACAAUGGAGGCGACCAAUGAGAUGAAAUGUAUAUCAAUGCUUGAUUUUAAAACAUGUGUUCAUUAUUAAAUAAAAAUGUAUCUUUCAUUAAAUGUUUUACGCAUUGUUAAUCCAUAUAUAGUAUAAAACAUAUAAAUUAAUACUCCAGAAAUUAAUAAAUACAAUAAAAUAAUAAUCUCUUUCUGAGUUGAGUUCAAAAUAUGACGACUUAAGAUAAUUCGUAAAUUCUCAAGCUUUUCACAGCAACACAUGUUUAAUCCAUAUGAUAGUGAAUGAUACUACAAGCGGCACAAAACCAUUUAGCUGGGUCUCUUUUGCCUUUAAUUUACGCGUAUAUAUAUAUAGGUCAUCCAAAUGUUUAAAAAAAAAUAGGUCAUCCAAAUGGUAACACAUGAAUUUCAUUUUGUACUACUUCUUUGAUUUUUCUCGUACUAGUGGUGAUUGACAUUUACACAUGUAAAACACACACAAAUGUAUGACAAUAUUACACUCUCUUAGACAUACGAAGACCACAC